UAUUCUGUAUAUAAUAAUGUAAAAUCAAUAUUUCUUCAUGAAUCUGGGUUUUGCCAACUUCUUAAUCAUAAUGAAGCUAGACAACCAAAAAUUGAAUUAGAUCGUGAAAUAAUUCGAAUUAUUGAGGAUAGAAAUCAUUAG